ACACAGCUUGUUUGAUACUACUGUAUUUGUUUUCACGCGAGCAUGAAAACUGUGGGAUGUAAUGUAACACGCUGUGUCUGUAGUGUAGUAAACGGUAAGGUACCUAAUUAGGUAACUAAAGGUAAACUCCAUCGAUGAAGGACACAUGGGGAACAAGUUGGUACACGAAUCGUUGUUGUUGUUUGAAUUAGCUGACAACGGGCCACGUAAAUUGUUUUGUUUUAUAGCGCACCACCCAUAGCCAUACAAGAGUCUACCUUUGCAAUUCACCUUUCGCACUAAGUGGCAAACAAUAACAUCAGUGAGAAGUGGAAGGAAUCCUUAAUAAUUAAUCGGACCGUGCGGUGUCUGCGUUGUGUUUAACUCGACCUAAACUAAAGCUGGUAGGCUUCCCUCCGUUUUUUUAAACGUGUUACAACCUGUCGGUGUUGUAACUAUCAGCAAACUACAGAUGGUUCAGCCAGCGCAUUUGUCAUUGUUGGUUAUGUCAAGAAAAGAGGGUGUGCCUAUUGACUACUGAGGUCGCACUGAACAGUAGGAAUCUCUGUGAUAUAGUGGUGGCAUUCUGAAGAAAGAGCUUUAAAAAGAUUUGAAUCGACUUUCCCAGGAAUAUAUGAAUGAACAUACCUGGUACACUACAGAUGAAUGCAGUCUCUGAUUCCUAAAUCAGUGACUGGUCAGCAACCCGUAAUGUGUUAAGCUGGUGUUCGUUUAUAAGAGUUUGAAUGAUGUCCACAGAAAGUGAUGAAAUGUAUGCUCCUCGGGUUUCGAGGUCCCGCUCAAAUUAUGUAGACUCUUCCGACAGUUAUGAAGCCAUGAUGGCUGACCCUGUUAAUAAACUGGCAUCCAACCUCAAGGACACAACUAGAAAUCUGCGUAGUUUGGAUCACAUGCUGGGUACAUAUAGAGAGGUGGGCAGGGAGCAGAAGUCUGCCAUAGACAAGCUGCGCACAGACCUGGAUAAGACAGCAGAGGAAUUGGAGCAGGAGAGGCUACGUAACUCUAUGUUAACAGCUCGCAGCUUGAAAGUCAGUGACCUUGAUGGACCAGACCGCACACGUAGGAAAUCACACUAUGACGACUACUCUGCUCAUAGCGAUGUGGAGUCGCCAACACGACGCAAGAAGAAGUCAGGAUCUGUACGCUUUGCCGAUGACAUGAACCGAGAACUGCAUGACCUUCACCAGUCAGUGCGAGAUCUGUCUCACAAUCAGGUGACUUUAGAGGACAGCUUCAGUCGACAGCUGGACAGACGGGACAGGGAUGAUUUUGAUACCAGAAGAAGUUUACGGGACAUAUCAGAAGGACUGAGGACACAUGUAGCAAUAGAUCCAGUAUCAUCCAGUGUGGAAAGACGCCUGCAGUCGCUACAAAAUGAUCUGUUAGCAGAGCGCAGGAUGAUGGAUAGGAAAUUUGAUGAAGUGGGAACCAUCUCCUCAGAACUAAAACAGGCUCUACACAGUCAGCUCCAGGCUCCACCUCUAGCUCCUCCCACUCAGCCCGCCCCUGAGGACUGGAAGAUGAAGAGUCAGCUAUUACAGUCAGAGUCUAUCAGACACAGGCUUGAGUCUGAACUCGACCAUGUCAAGAGAAAGCUAGAUCAUAGUGAAGGUGGGAAGUCAGCACUUCAGCAACAGAUAGACGAUUUAAAACUACAGCUAUCUCGAGCUGAUGAGGAGAGGUCCAAAAUCCGGUCACAACUGACGGAAAGUCGUAUGGAGGAAGAUGUGAGGGAUCGGAGGAAAAUGAGAACAGUUGAAGAAGAGAAGGAUAGAGAACGUCAGAGAUUCCAGUCAGAAAUAAACGAGCUGAGGGGUCAUCUGUCAAAGUCGCUGAGCAUGACCAGUGAGGUGGAUGACCUGCGUCGAGGCGUGGAGCGCAGCGAGAGACAGAGGGCGCAGCUCUCAGACCACAUCGAGGUCCUCACAAAAGAUCUGGAAAACCGUGAAAAGCAAAAUGCAAAGUACAUCACCCAGCUGAAGGAGGUGUCUGACAAGUCUGAGGAAGCAAACCGUCAGAAGUCUCACCUGACCACUCAGCUUGAAGAUGCCCUACAGAGACUGAAGGAGUACACGCGGGAGGUGGAGAGGCUGUCUAAUGAGCUGAGGGUCACACAGCAGGCACUGGCAGAGAGCGAGCGCAAGAAAGAGGAGUUCAAGGGAAGAGCUCAGGAGACAGUCAGACAAUGGAAGAUGAAGUGUAAACAGGUAGAGAGAGACGCAGACCGCCACAAACACAGCGCUUCACAGAUGAUGCAGAGGAAUGAACACCUGGUCAAGGAGCUAGAAAACAUCAAACAGCAUGGAAGUGCAGCUACUGUGCAGCUGGAGAACAUACGCCGGGAAAUGGGUGACAUUCUGGCAGUGCGUGCGGCUCAGGAUGAGCAGCUGCGACUGAGGGACGUGGAGGUUAACGAGCUCAAGUCACACCGUCUCGACCUGGAUAGAGAGAUGAGGGAUGCUAGGACAGUCGCAGAAAAGCUGGAGAAUGAACUACGUAAUGCUGACUCGCGGCUGACAGGUGUGCUGGAAGAGAAGAACAGGCUAGAAGAUCAGUUGACUAGCAUCCAGGCUGCCCACUUACUGACUCAGGACAAGGCCAGCCAUUUGGAGAAAGAGUGUCAGGAGUUACAGUUAACAAAAGCUGACCUGGCAGCUCAGCUGGGGGAUGCUAAUGUUCAGAAACAGGAACUUAAGAUGGUUUUAGCAGAGGCAAACCACAAGGAAAAGCUCUUUCAGGAAGAGAUUGGCAAUGUUAGAUGUCAAGUGAAAGAGGAGCGCGAUUCACAUCAAGCUGUGUUAGAAGGAUUGAAGAGGGAGCUGUCAGAACUUAAGGGUCGUGAACACCAGGUGGCUCAGCAGAUUGCCCACAGAUAUAGAAAAGAGCAGGUUGAGACAGAGGCAGAGCUCCAGGCUCUCAAGAUGGAACUUCAUGAACUGAGAUCUUCCCUGAAAAUGGCCAGAAGACAGGAUGAGAAUAUGAAGGUGGAGUUAGUCAGACUUCAUGAUGAGAUACAGCGAUACGAAGAGGAGAACAGUGAAUUAAGGAGAAAAGUGGAGAGAGCUAAACAAGAGUUCCAAACACAGACUCAGCUGGCUGAGGAUGACUUGGGCAGGGUAAAGGUUUUAGAAGAUGAGCUACACUGUGCAAAGGAAGCUGUCCGUAGACUGGAGAGAGAGAACUUGAACCUGUUGAAGGAGCUUGCGUUUGACGUGGAUGCAGCGUUAGAUGUGGCCUCUACGGAGUCCCCGGAAAAGUACCAGGCCAUGAACAACGUGAAGGGCUGUCUGUCAGGUCCUCCCCAAGUAUUAGCAGAGAUGAAGGGUAAGAUCCAGUGGAUAAAGGAGGAGUUCCGUGAGAGGAUGAAUCGGGAGAAGAAACUGCGACAAGACUUCCGUGAGGCGCUAUCUAGCACAGACUCUGACCGUCAGUACUUCCUGAAUGAACUGUCCAAGAGAGAGGAUGCUCUAGAGGAGCUGAACAAUGUCAAGAAAGAGCUAGUCAUCCGCGAUAGUGAAAAUGUGAAUUGUGUUGAGAAUCUUCAGGAUCAAAUCUUGGAUCUGACUGACCAGCUAGAGCUACAGAAGCUGAGAGAACAGGAGCAGUCUAGGAUCUUCAGUGAGGAGCGUCAGCAUGUGAUAGAGGAUAUAGAGGAGACCCAAAAAGAGCGAGAGAGAAUACAAGAGAGAUACCUAAGGCUUCAAGAGACGAUGAGACUGCUGCAGGAUGACCUCAGGGAGACAAAACUGACCUCACAUAAGAGUUGUGAAGAUCUCCAUGCUUCCACACCAAAUCCAUCCAAGAAGAAACACAGAGUCAGGAUUUGUGAAAGUCCUGUCAGGUCAAGGUCACAGUCAAGAUCAGGGUCAAGGUCACGCUCUGGAUCAAGGUCAAGGUCAAGGUCUUGCUCCCCCAGUAGAAAUGUAGACCUGGGGAAAACCCCGCCACCUUUGACCUUGUCUGAUGAGGAAUUCAGAAACAGGUUCUUACCCAGGACUCCUGAAGUUGUGCACGAGAUUAUAUGAGUCUCCAUUGUUUGACUGCCUUACCCACAGUGAAGGGGAAUGGAUCUGUCUGUGUGGCAAGGUGCUGCCACUGUUGCCUUGUGCUGUAAUACUGCUGGGAUUGAACCCAUUGUUACCUAUAUAAUUGGCGCUGAGUGAAAUAAUGGUAGAGUUUUGGCUGAUGUUAUAUGUACAGCCGGCAGGCCAGCCCCAGUUGUAGUGUUGUACAGGGUAGUAAUGUUUGUCCCAUUUUGUUGUCACACCUGAUCUAUUAACCUUUAUGUCUUGUCAUGUCCACCCAGUUUUCUACAACUAAGCUAUUUAAUUAUGGUUUAUGAAAUAAAUAUUGAUGAGACUGACUAUUGAUCAAACAAAGUGUUGAUCAAAAAUCUCAUUCAUGAUCAAACCGUAUGUUUAUGAUCAAAGAUCAUGUAGAUAAAAAAUGAUGAUGAUGAUGAUAAUCAUGUUUAAUCAAACGUGGUGUAUGAUCUGUUCAGAUGAGUUUUGUUAUCUGUGAAGAUGAUUUCCUGUCUGAGUGCACAUCAGUACUGCUUGCAUCUGUUCUAUAAUAGUGUGUACUUGAGAAGUGUGUGCAGGGUUACUGUGGAACUCCCACCAUUCUGUUUCAACGUUAGCAUGUGGUGCAUUAUGAAACCUGUUCUGUGCUACUGUGCACCUUAGAUAUCAAACAUGUGUAAGUGAUAAGUGUGUGUGUUUCAUAGAAUGUGUGUGAAAUAUGAGAGAGUGUGUGCAUGUGAUGAGUGUACAAAGUGUGUUGUGGGCUAUAGUCCUGUGUGCUAUAGUUAUGUGUGUAGGUGAUCGUCUCAGUCAGGUAAGCUUGGGUGUGCUACCCUAUUUGUCUGUGAUAUAUCCCAGUAAAGUUAUAACAGCAUAUAUAUUAUCUAGGGUUUUAAUAUCGGACUCUACAUGUAUUUAUGGCGAUGCUAAUCAUAGAUUAUUUUUGCAACUGGUGUGUGAUGAUAAACAUUUAUGAAGUGUAAAUAUUUUUGAGAAGAAUCCGAUAACCUGUUAGAGAUUGAGUGCUAUUGAUGUGUUUUUGGAAACCUUUACAUUUUCUUAAUGGUGGUAACAGCGAAAUAAUGUUUAACCGGAGAUACUUAAUUUUGAGAAUUGAGAAGUAGUGUUCUUCAUUUGUAUGGACUUACUUUGUCUACAGUUUUUCUGUGGUUCUUCACAAUUUGUUGACAUCUUUGUGGAUAGGGGUAGCAGCACUGGAGUAUAUGAUGGAUGUCAGGUAGUUCAGUAUUGGUUAACUUUCCGUGUAAUCAGUAACAGCGGGAGACUCGAGGAUGAGCUGCACACCCAGUCCAAAUGACAGUAGAAUGCAUUGUUUUCUUCUGUGACGUUGCAGUGCGUUUGUACUUCAUGUAUGUUUUAUGCGCACACCUACACCGUUAAUUGUGAGGUAAUAAUGUAAAGAACAAAUGAGUCCACAGGUUUGGACCAUCUUGAUACAAGCCGAAUAGAGUUUUGCGAGUUCCCGGUUGUGUGAGCAAUAGAAUUGCAAUCUGUGUAGCUUGUUGAAAUCCUAAUUAUUGUCUAGAAAUCAGGACAAAAUGAAAUCAAUCUAGGAAAUAAAACAGAAUGAA